UCUAAGUAGGUCCAAGAAAUUUCUGGAUCUUUACCUUCGACCGUCUCAGUCAUCAGUAGAACCGUCUCCUCCGGCAACGGGUACUGACCCUUCCUCCUCGACUUGAACUCUGCGGCGGCUUUGCCCCUCCGUCGCCGGACCUGCGGUACUAUCUCCAUCAUCCGACCGUCCACCUCUCCGAUCCCGAUUCCGCGUCUCCCGUGGUUCUCCAUUGCCAGUAACAAGUAAGAACAGAUUACGAGCUUGGAAUUUCGACGAUCUGCUAAGUACUGUAGGAGACAAUGGAAGAUUUAAACAAGGCGUUCGAGCAGCAUAUGGAGCAAAUGGCGGAGCUGGUCCAAAAGUUCUCGGCCGAACUCAGGUCCGGUCUUCAACCGGCCUACGAGAACUUCAUGGGUUUUAUCCAUGCCAUUGAUUGGAAGGAACCCUUCCUUAUUGGGUUACUUGCAUUCCAUUUUCUGCUGUUGCUCACAACGAUUAUCUCAAGAAGGAAUUCCAACUUUCAGAUGUGUCUAUUCCUUCUGGCAUUGGGCGGUGUGUACUUUGCUGAGAGGCUGAACAAAAUUUUGGGAGAUAAUUGGAGGAACUUUGCAACGCAGAACUAUUUUGAUCCGCAUGGGAUAUUCCUAUCUACGCUUUGGUCUGGGCCACUACUCGUCAUCGCCAUCAUAAUCUUGGUGAACACCCUCUUUCACCUAUGUUACCUUAUUGUCAAGUGGAAAAAGGCCGAGCUAAGACACAGAGCGAGGCUUUCUCGUAACAAGCAAGAUUGAGAAUUUGCUGACGAGCUUUCAUAUACUCGAAGCAGGAUAGAUCUGUUUGUGUUUUCUUCUCUGGAUGCUUGAGUUUUGAACCGUAGCCAUAAUUCACAUAGCGUAUGGAGUUUUCUGCGACAGUUUUGGAAGAAAGGGCUUGCUUUUUCAUUUGCAUUAUAUGUAUCAAUUUUGUUUCAUAAUAUACAGGCGGUGAUUUCAUAUGUAGAGAUGGUUUUAUUCAGCAGUUUACAGCUUUCAAUAGCAUCAAAUGGAAAUUCCGUGUUUAAACA